UGGCGGCGGCCCGCCGGGGGCUGUAGUUCUGGGCGGGAGCCGAGCGGAAGCCGUCGGGGCCCUUCCUCAGUCGCCGCUGUGUUGCAUGCGGGGCUGCGGCGGGAAGAGCGGCGCCGGAGGGAGCGCAGCGUGGGCCGAGUAAGCGAGCACUCGGCGCCGGCCCGGCGCUGCUCUGCCGCCUCACGGGCGAGCGGCGCGCUCCGUGCCUCACACCCUGCAGGGGUUAACCCUCCCUCGUCUCGCCCGGGGCCGUUCCCGCCGGGCCGCGGCACCACCCGGGCUGGCAGGUGAUGGGUGAGCUGAGAAACUGGUGAAGCUUCCAUGAAAUAUUUCUACUGAUCAGUAGCCCAGGUGAAAUAGGCAUGUCCUAAGAUGGCAGUAGAUCUGGAGUAUGGACCAGCCUACAGAAGUGAGUUGAUGCCAGAUUUAUGAGCCUCUGUGGCUUGAUGGCUCUCACUUCCUCUGUCUCUAAACCAAAGCCAUCUUUUUACCAAAGCAGUAAAGGAAUGGUGCACAGCUUGAUUAGAGAAUGCUCUUCUUGAGGAAGUGAACUGUGAAGGAAGGACUCAUGAGUUUUGAUCCCAGGGGCUUGGAGUGCGUCCCUGACGGCUGCUCCAAUGAAGACCUUCCUGAGGUGGAGUUGGUGAGCAUGCUGGAAGAACAGUUGCCAGAUUACAAGUUACGAGUGGACUCUCUGUACCUGCAUGAAAAUCCGGACUGGAUUCAGCCCAUGGCUUGCCAUGGCUGGCUGCCGGAGAUGGCUUCUUCAGCUCGUGAGGAGGACUCCUUCCGUUACAUGACUCUUAUUGAACUUCCUUCCUCCUCCUUGGAUGGAUCUCACAAAUUUGCACAAGUUCUUGACACAGAAAACGUGGAGCAGAAAGACUACGGUGAAGCUGACAUGGUCAAACGUCUGUUAGCUGAGAAAGAUCGGGACCUGGAACUGGCAGCACGGAUUGGACAAGCCCUCCUUAAGCGAAAUCAUCUGUUGAUGGAGCAUUUUUUUGCACUGGAAGAUUUUUUUUUACAAAUUUUUUUCAGAGUUAACCAGCUGCAGCAUGAGCUGUCAAAGAAGGAUGACCUGCUGCGUAUUGUUUCCAUCGCCUCUGAGGAGAGUGAGACAGAUUCCAGCUGUUCCACACCACUGCGCUUCAACGAGUCUUUCACUGUGCCCUACGAUCCAUUGCAGCUGGAUGUCCUGCAGGAUAAACUCCGAGAGCUGGAGGAGGAGAACCUGGCUCUGCGAUCCAAGGCUUGCCAUCUGAAGUCAGAAACCAUCACAUAUGAAGAGAAGGAACAGCAGCUGGUCAAUGACUGUGUCAAAGAACUCCGGCAAACAAAUGCUCAGAUUUCCAGGAUAACAGAGGAGUUGUCAGAGAAGAGUGAGGAGGUGAUUCACUACCAGGAAGAGAUCUCAUCCCUUUUGUCCCAGAUUGUUGAUCUUCAGCAUAAACUCAAAGAGAAUGUGAUUGAGAAGGAGGAGCUGAAACUUCACUUACAAGCCUCCAAAGAUGCUCAGAGACAGCUGACAGCAGAGCUCCAUGAGUUUCAAGAUCGGAAUGCAGAGUGUCUGGGGAUGUUGCAUGAGUCCCAGGAAGAAGUGAAGUUGCUGCGCAGCAGAGCCAGCUCUGUCGCUUGUCUCUGCCACCCGCAGUCCCGUGGAGCAUUUCCUGUGGAUUCCCUUGCAGCAGAAAUUGAAGGGACAAUGCGGAAGGAAUUGAGUCAGGGUGAUGAAUCUGUUCUCUCCAAGCAAAAGGGUCAACAGAAGCGAGUGUUUGACACUGUCAAGAUUGCUAAUAUCAUCCGUGGCCGCUCCUCUUCCUUUCCUGCCCCAUUGCCAAUCCCUGGAUCAAAUCGCUCGAGUGCUGUUAUGACGGCAAAGCCCUUCCAGUCUGGCGUGCACCACUUGGAGAGCCACGCACGGGUGGCACCAGGGAGCAGCUCUGAGAAGAAUUUGAAAGACACUCACAGUCCUGGCCAGCCGGGAACCCCUGGAGACAAUGACCUGGUCACAGCUCUGCACAGGCUCUCCCUGCGUCGUCAGAACUACCUGAGUGAGAAGCAGUUCUUCGAGGAGGAGUGGGACCGAAAAUUGCAUUUGCUUGCUGAGCAGAAAGAAGAGGCUAGUAGCUGCAGUACACCAACAGAAAGCUCUUUUUCCCCAAGUACAAACUCAGAAUUCACAGAUCUCUCUGCCAGCUCUAGUAAUCUCCGUGUUCUCCUACCAGAGAAGUUGCAAAUUGUCAAACCCAUUGAAGGAUCUCAGACCCUUUUUCAUUGGCAGCAGCUUGCUCGACCCAACCUCGGCACGAUUCUAGACCCAAGACCUGGUGUUGUUACUAAAGGCUUUACCCCUCUGUCUGAUGAUACUGUGCACCACAUCUCUGACCUGGAGGAAGAUGAUGAGGAAGAGGGUGAAGGAGGUAUAACAUUUCAAGCACAACAGUCUUUCCCGGAGGAAAAGAAAUGUGCAUUGGCAAAACCAGCAGCAGGCAUUUUCCUGCCACCUGUUACUUCAGCAGCACUACCACUCACUGCCUCAAAUCCAGGGAAGUGUCUAUCUUCAACAAAUUCCACAUUUACCUUCACUACCUGUAGGAUCCUUCACCCCUCUGAUGUCACUCAAGUAACUCCCAGUUCCAUGGGUGCUCCUUUUUCACUGGGGAAUACUGGCAGCAGUACUGGAAACCCAGUAGUGAGCACUCCAGCUAAUCCUUACAGACGAAGUAUUGGAGAAUUUCUUACCAACAGAAGAGAUUCAACUACUACUUUCAGCAGCACAAGCAGCCUGGCUAAACUUUUGCAAGAACGAGGCAUCUCUGCCAAGGUUUAUGACAGCCCCAUGUUAGAAAAACUGCCUUUGCUGCAACACCCUCAAACUCUUCUCAUUCCUUCUACUCCACCAAAUUCUCCUUCACGUUCACCUUGUCCUUCCCCUCCACCAUUUGAGCCUCGAGUGCAUCAUUCGGAGAAUUUCCUGGCUUCUCGACCAGCAGAGACAUUUUUGCAGGAAAUGUAUGGCCCAAAGCCUUCCUGUAACGUCCCUGACGUAGGCCAGCUGAAGAUGAACCUCGUGGACAGACUGAAGAGGCUGGGCAUUGCCAGGGUGAUCAAGCCCCCUGAAACACAGGACCAUGGCAAGAAUCAGGGGCCAGAGGUUGGCUUGCAGAGGCAGGACUCAGCUGGGUUUUUAAAUGCAGGUAGCAAUUUAAUGGCAGGACUCAGAAGAAACCAGAGUCUUCCAGCCAUAAUUGGAGCAUUAGGAGCUCCUGUUUGCACACAGUCAUCAAAAAUGGAUAUACUAAAGGAAGACUAACUGGCCUGAAAGGUGUUUGACUUAGAGCACAGUAAAUAAUUUGAGGGAUGAACAUCCAGUACAGGCAUUGUUAGGUGUGUUACAGAAGUGUUGGAGAAGGCAUGUGCAUGUUAAAAUGUGGGAGAGACAAGCGCUGGGACCAAGGAGCAAAGGAACAUUGCUUGGAUUUGAGGAAGAAGGUUUUGUGGGAGAUAGAAAGGUAAAACCAAAGCUUUAUUUCAAGACCCCCUUCAGCAUCUUGUCUUAACUUAGAAGUGAAGACUGCUGUAGACAUUUUCAGUGUUUUAACCCUUUAACCUGUAUGUGUAGAUACUAUUUUUCCACCAUACAUCCACAGUAUUUACUAAUUGUUUGCAGUCAGGCUACAUAAUAUAAAUAUAAUAUUAAAAUAACAAUCAGUCUGACCAGCCUUAUCAGCCCAAGUUCCUCUAUGUAGGAAACGAAUAUGAAAACUUGGAUUUUUUUUCAUUCUUUUAUUUUCCAUUUCAGAAACUCUGCUCUUUUGAACUCCUCCUCACUUUCAGAAGCAGGGGAGAGAAUCUUUAGCUCUGUGUAAGAAAGUAAUACUUCAGUUUACAAACACAGGAUUUAUAUUUUGAAAGAGUGCAAUUGUGUUAGUGAGGUGUAAGUUAAUUUCUUUCCAGAGCUUGUGAAUAAAGCACACAGAGAAAUGUGCAAUGAAUAAGAAUUAAGAACCGGCAAAAUGUGUAUUGGGGUGAAAACAUCCAGCUAAGAAAUCUUUCUAACGUGUAGUUUGCAUCUAUUUAAAUGAGGAUAGUUUUGUUGCACGCACACUCACACAAAUAUCUCAGGCACAUUUCAGCAUUGCAAAAGGAAAUAAACCCUAGGUGCUUGAUUCAGGGCUUCUUUUUAAAGACUUAAAUGGAGAUCAUUUACUUCAAGGAAAUUGUUGGAAGUUCAGAAAACUGCCUCUUGUCUUGCCAAGUACACAUUCUGUAUAUUUGAGAGUUCUCCAGUAAACUUUAUGCCUUUCAUUCAAUUAUUUCUCAUUUUAAGCAGGAUUUUGUUUAAAAUAUUUCAUUAAGAGCAAAAUUUGCAAGUCUCUAUAUAGAAACAGGAAGAAAAAAGCUGGUGUUCUUUGUAGCAUUUUAAUGAAUAUUGAAAUCCAGUGAUCAGUGAGGGAGUGUGGUUCUGAACCUAGCUGAGGCAGACUUUCCAACUCAAAAAAGAACUUCAUUUUAGAAAUCUGGUUUCUGAGUGUUAAUGAUAAAAAUAUUACUGCCCAUGCUGCUUUUUUGAUCCCUUCCUGUCCAAGGUUCUAACCAUAAGUGAACAAUCUACAAGAGAUGUUUUGUGUAGCUUAAGAAAAAGUUGUCUUUGCUAGUGACCUGAAUAGAAACAGCUUCUUAGUCUUUAUAUAAAUUUUCACUGUACCUAUCAACAUUAUAAAAUUAUUUGUUUCCAUACAAUUAGAUUAAGCAGUUAAGUUUACCUUUCCUGUUACUAUGUAAGUGGGGUAUAGCUGGCAGCUGUCUGGGAGUGUGGUGUGAAGCAUCAGUGCAAUCACACUGAUUUGCAUUUGCUGUUAGGCACAUCAUCCAUAAUCAGCACCCUCGUUUCUGCAGGGGUGAAUGGAGUAAGGCAGAAAAAGAAAGCUUCUUAUCCUUGUUUAUAGGAAAUUUGUAAUGUGGCCUUUCUGAUUUUACAGUUCUGUAGAUCUUGUGAUGACUCUCUGAUAUUUUUGUUUUGUAAAAGGAAAAGGAGUAACCACUUCAAACUUGCACAGGGAUUCUUAGCAGAAGCUUGUCUGUCAGCAGCGCACAGAAAUAUUCUGGAACUCCUGGAGUUGCCUUUUGCUCUCUAAGCAAAAUCUUACACUUACAAAAGGUGAAUUUUAUUUAAAAGACUAUAUACGGGUUAAUUUUGUUUUUUAAAUGAAAAAUAUUUAAUUUUUUCAUGUAAGUAUUUAUGUUUGUAUGUACUUAGCUGUGCAUGGUGUCUUGCCUAGCUACAUACGGUAAGAGUGAAAGGAGGGACUGCCAUGUUGGUCUCAGUGGCCUGGGAUGGGUAUGUCUGCUGUGUAACUUCCAGGGAAACGAGUUAGCAAAAGCUGAUUAGACAGUUUGGUACCAACAGAGAAGUGUAGCAUGUCAAAAGUCCGUCCAUUUUAUGUGUUUAUUGUAGGAAUACCUGAGUUACAGAUAAAUUUUUGAAGGUACUACACUGUGUUUCUAACUGGCUUCAUAAGAUAACUCCAGCCACUGGAUCAGCAGAGUAGCAAAUCAGCUAAGGCAGAAUUCCUUUGGCAGACCAUGGUUCAGGUAAAACUAAUCUACAAGCAUAUAAAUGAAAUGCAUGUUUCUCUUGGAGACACUUCCCUAUUCCAUAGCCCAGCAAUACAAACUGGCUCAGUUCGAACAAUGCUGUGCAUGUUGACAGCUUGGUUUGUUCUGUAGCUGAGGUGUAUCAUCAGAUACUUUACAUAAGGCAAAAAGAAAAUGGAAGAACCUCAAUACCAUGGUGUUUGUGUGUGUUUACCCAGUUGGUUGAUGCUGUGGUGCAGUGUUGUUCAAAUUCUGUCAUGCGUUUAUGCCUUUGGAUAGUCAUGCAUAGUUUGGAUAUACAUGCCUGGCUUGCAAUAACAGGGAAAAUUGAUACUUCUUCCAAGUUUACCAUUUUGUACCAAAACCUAGAAGAGAAACUCUUUUUUAAUAAUAUGUGUUUCUGAGAACAUUUUACAAGUUACCAUGAUUCUAGGAAUGAUUUGGCUUUUGUUGUCUCCCAUAAGAGAGGUGACAAACUUGCAUGGCUGACAUCCUGCACCUAGAAGGAAGAAGUAAACCUAGAAGGAAUGGAGAAUUACAUUUUGGCAGGGUUCUGUUAUCUUGCAGGUUUGAGUCAAACAUGGAUGCUAGAAAGUACUUAUCCGUGCCUGUGCAAGUUACAAGUGACAGAAGGGAAUUUUUGUACUUACUGUAACUCAGUGAUACCUGCAUGCUCAAAAUACCUGUGAUCAAAGUUAAAACAUCUACUGCAGUUGAAUAGCAACAGAGGGAAGGAAAGUAAUUGCGUUUGGGUUUCAUUUGGCUGUUACAUCAGGGAAUUACACACAGUGUUUGAACAGUCUGGGAUUUUCAUGGUAUUUUUUCCAUCUGCUUUUUGCACUUACUGUUGUUUCAUAGUGGAAUGUAAAUUUGAUAAUAAACAUGUAUAACAUGCCAUUUUUCAGUA